AUGGGAGCAUUCGUUUACUUGCGUCUGAACCCAUUGGUCAGUUUACGCAAGCCUUCACGAACGCGCGAGUGGGCGCAACGGGCAGGCACAGCCAUAGACAUUUUGGGCACGGAUACCUCCGUGCGAGUCAGUACAUUUAGCCCGGUGGUGUCAAUGUUGAGCAGUUCAAUUGGACUGGCCUGCGAGACCCGAGUGUUUCGCCGGCGGGAGCUGUACUCCGGGCCAAAUGCAUUGCGCCGCUCUUCACGCGAGCGCGGGGUGGUGUCCGCAAUUAUUGCGUACAUCUCAGGCGUCCAUUCGGUCAAUGCGACUGCGCUCUCUUCCUUGCUCUUCAUAAUUCCCUCCAUGGUGGGGAACGACCGAGGCCCAUUCGAGCUGAAUGAGGGCCUUGAGGCAUAUUUCGCCGAGGGGAUGGGCGGCGAGGAGGAGUCACUUGAGUCCAAUGAUUGGAAGCUGAAAGGACUGGAGCUUCAACGAGUGGAACUGGAACCACAGGAGCUGGAACUUCAGGAGCUGCAAAUACCGGGACUUUAA